CGUUAUCGAAGGUGUUGGAGUUUCCUUGUUAAGGCUUAUGAAUGGAAUCGUUAGCGUUAUUGAGUGUUGUACAACUUCCGUUACUUAUCAUAUGCUGCCAGACCGCCGAGCUGCCGAAAUACAGAGCUAUUGUGUAUCCCCAAGUCUUCGAUGGACGUGAUGAAAACACGAAAGUUCUAAAAGUAAACGAAGAUAUAACUCUGAACCUGGAGCCCAGCUCCAUACUGCACGAAAAUUUCUUUGUCCGCACAUACCGAAAUGGAAUUCCAGAGCAUCAAUACUUCAACGUGCGAGAUUUGCAGAAAAACUUGUAUCAUGACAAACGAAAAUACGUUGCAGUGGUACUUUCCGAAAACGGCGGGAUGGUGAAAGUGGAAGGCGUCGUUGGACCUAACUUGAAGAUCAGACCCCUUGAAACCACCGAGCGUUCUCAGCAUAGUCUCCAAGCGCAUCUCGUCGAAAAUAUUGAAGACACCGAUUCGGUUGGAGUCUAUGGCAAACAUAUAGCAGAUGAAAUUGCGAUUUCUGAGCGUGCCGCAAAUGAUCAAACUGGUUUUGAUUCACGGAAGUACAGCGUCCAAGACAUUUUCCCGGAAGUACUUCUAAUAUGUGAUUCAAGGCUCCAAUUACAGUUUAACAGACAAAUGAACAUAACCGUCUACAUGAUGGUAACCAUGCAAGUUGUGAAUAUACGCUACAGCGCGCUCUCCCACCCAAGGGUGCAUAUCGUGCUGCGAGGUAUCGAACUCUCUCACUGGCGACAGGAGCACGAUUAUUAUGUGUACUCCGGGAAUGGCAUCGAUGCGUACGAAUCCCUCCAAGGACUUGUGAAGUUUAUAAAUAAAAAGAAUGAAACGUAUGGAGCGUUUGAUAUGGUUUACUUUGUAACAGGCUUUGACAUGGUUGCCGUAUAUAAAGACGGAACAAGAAUGGAGGCUCUUCAGGGCUACGCCUUUGUUGCAUCUGCUUGUACUACGCACCGGCAACAGCUCGGUGAGGACCAAGCGUACACUUACCAAGGAAUUCGUAUUAUGACCCACGAAAUGGCACAUACGUUGGGUUGUUCGCACGAUGGUACCACAGCACCGGGUAUCGUAAACGCAUUUACACCGGACAGCCUACAAUGUCCAUGGGGCGAUGGAUACAUUAUGAGUUAUCUAGAAGAAGACAUCAGAAGCAUGCAGUUUUCUCAUUGUUGCAAGUAUGAUAUUCAACGAAUGUCCUGGUCAUAUCAGGCAGGUUGCUUGCAUAUAAACAAUUCAGUAACGUUUCCACUAACUCGUUACCAGCUGCCAGGAGAAUAUUUGAGCCUAGAUGUGCAGUGUCGAAUUAGGUACCCCUAUCUUAGCAGAACAUACUUCAUUCAGAGAGGUUCGAGACGGAGCUGCAGAGGCUACUGCUUUAUCCCUGGACAAGAUUACGGGCCUGCUGCUGACGGCCUACGGGAUCUUCUAUUCCUAGACGGCACUAAUUGCUCGUAUAGACACAAGGGUAUAUGUAUAAAUGGAGUGUGUCGUCCAGCCUCAAGGAGAACACAUCGGCAGAAGCCGUACUAAAAUGUAAAUAAAACACAUGAAAAGUGUUGUGCUGGGACCGCUCGUGUGUGAACGGCUGAUG